AUGGCUCGUGCCCCGCUGUUAAUAUCAGGAGACGUGCAGGUCAUAACACCAUUUGAUUUUGAGAAGAUGCAGCCGGAACUACGUAUCUUUGACCUGAUAUUAACAGCGGGGCACGAGCCGUAUGAAACAACUGCUGUGCUCCGGAUCGAAAUUGUAGAUUUGACCAUUCCGGAAAACUCGCGGCCAGGAACGAUUCUUUUUGAAGUCCAUGUUUCUGACCCGGAUUAUUUGUACGGCAAAACAGGCGUUUUCAAAUACGCAUUAAGUGGCAGUGGUGCUGCUAAUUUCCAGGUCAAAGAGGUGAAUAACAUUCUUUUACAGUGCGAUUUCCACAUAACUUUCAAGUUCUGUUGCUUCUAA